CACGUAAGUACACACGAAGUUUUAGCUGUGACAAAGCCUGAAUGGGAAUCAAUGAAUCAUUCCAAGAUAAGUAAGAAAACAGAGCAGCCUCGUAGUUCAAGAUCACCAUAACAAGUUCAAAGCUCUCUGUGCUUUUCCCAAAAAUGUUUCCCACUGCCGGUUUCGCUUUGCAGCGCGACGAACAGGUUUUUGAAAGCAAUGCGACCGUCGACAACAAUAAAACCGAUAGCGGUUUUGCUGGUUUUAAGUACACUAGCUCUACCGCAUCUCAGCCGCAGCAGCCACCACAACAGCAGCAGCAGCAAAUUGCACUCGCCACGACCACAGAGGAGCCGGUGUCCUUGCAGCUCGGUUUGGAGAAAUUCAAGGAUGCGCAGUAUUUGAGUCUGUCAUCAGGUGGCCGGGGAGAGAAAACCAAAAGCAGUUCUACUUUUGCUUCUUCUAGUACUCUCCGCCACACGUCGUGGUCUUCAAGUGGACAACCCCGCAGCCGGGACAAAAUCGAACAGGAGGUGAGACAGUUCGAAAAAGUGAUUGAUCAGGCGGUUCUGGAAUGUAGUUCUACUUCUAGCGGAACAACGGAUGGUAAAACGAAGAUUAUUUUCACGGGCGGAUUGGAGUCUAAAGAGCAACUGCUCGCGUUGCAACGGCAGGUGAAAUUACUACUGAAAGAAUUGCAGCAACUGGGUGAGGCACAACGAGCAAUCGUGGAAGAGCAGAAGGGCAGUGCAAAUGGGAGUCUUGCAGAGAAGCAGCAGAAGAAAGGAACAAGUAGCAGCAGCUCGGCCGCUUUGAAGAACGAUAAUAAUACUGAUUUCUCUACUGACCAGAAAUACGACGAAGUUGCGCUCCAAAACGCCGUGGAGAGGCUGAAUAGGAAGUUAAAGAGCGGCGGUGGAACCAAGAAUUAUACUAGCCAAAAUAAAGAUGGGUCGUCUGAUAGUACCACUACUAGCAACCUCGCGAAAAUUGAAAUUUACUGCGACAAGAGGGACAGAACGUCAACCUCGUUGUUGAAAGCUUUGGAAAAGAAGAUCGCGAGUUUGGAGGAGAAAAUUUUCGGCGUUGUGAAUCCGCAAGAGGAAAUGGUCUUGGCCGGCGGCGACGAAUCACUACACGAGACGUUGACACGUAUUGUUUUUCUUCAUCGGUAAUAUUUUGCUUCAUCGGUGCAGAUGUUAAAAACUAAAUUGACAUGUCAUGUUACAAGAACUUCUAGUGAUUUUGUUGGAAAAUAUUAAAGCUCUAUCACCACAAAAUCAAAAUCAGGCGUGAGCCGAACGUUAAAAGACCUCGACACCGGCCGUCUCGACGCCAUUGCCGAGUCUUUGCGCUCUUUGAAAAAGCAGAAAGAGGCCGCGAUCGAGGGGGGAGAAAAUAACACGGCCGACCCAGCAGGAGAAGUACAAAGGCUAUCCGUGAUCGACAACACCAACACACGGCAGAUGGCGAAAAGGUCCUCGUUGCUCUUUCACCAGCAGGCCGCGCUUACCAGAGCGGCAGAGCAGCAGACGGUGGAAGAGGAACAGUUGGAGGAGCUGUAUAGUCUCUGUGAAAAUCUGUUCUCCGUGUCCUCGAAAAAGAUCCCGCAUUUCCUCGCCCGGAUUGAGACGUUCAAGGAUUUUCGAGAGAAUGAAAGUCGCGUGAUAGCAGAUUUUAUGAACUGCAAAAGUAUCGUACUCGUAUGAAUGCAUUACAAAUUUCCUCAGCAUGAGAGAAAAAAUUUGUAAUGCGGAUUUCCCUUAAGAUAAAGAUUUGUAAUGCAAGCCUUGCAUUUAUAGUUAUACGAAUACGAUACUUUUGCACAGGAUAGAUUUGGAGCGAGUCGAGGGGCAGCAAUUGGACGUGCGGAAGAAGCUGGAAACGUGUAAGCAAGCGCUGGAAGCGCUGCAGGGCGGGUUAGCGGAAAAUAUUGCGGUGAUGCAGAAAAAUUUUAGAAAAUUAGGCGGUGGGUGAGCGAGGACGUGAUCAUCUUCGCUUCAAACUGCUUCAUUUGACAUCAAUUUUUUGCUCGAAGUCAUUUACCGUGAACGUCAAGUCAGAUGUCUUUGUCACGUCGCACUUGGAGAAGCAGUACUGCAGUAUUAAGCAUGGAGUCGAG